CCCAGCGCGGCACGGCGCUUCCGCGUCGUGGGCGGCCGUCGCCGCCGCCGCCGCGGCGCCUGGCGGCGCGCGGCCGGGCGACGCGGCCCCGGCUCAGUCGCUGUCCAUCUCCCCGCUGCAGAUCGCUGGCCUGCCGCUGCUGCGAUUCGGUGGCCGCGUCGUCGUAGUCGGCAGCGAGGAGGACGAGGCCCGCGUGCAGCCGCUGUUCGCCGCCGAGGACCUCCUCGGCUUCGACUCCGAGAGCCGGCCCAGCACGGCGCUGGCUCCGCGAAACCCGCCCGGCGCGUCGCUCUCGUCCAGCUCGCCACGGAGCGCGCGGUGUGCAUUUGGAGGGUCGGGGAGCUGGGCGGGGCGCCCCCGCUGCUGCGGCGGCUGCUGGAGGACCCCGCUGUGGUCAAGGUGGGGCAGGGCGCCUCGCACGAGGUGUCGUCGCUCCGCGACGAGCUGGGCCUGGCGUCCCAGUCUUUCGUCGACCUGCACCACAUUCUCAGGGAGAAACACGACCCAGACAGCGGGCGUCUCGAACAAAAAUCGGAACGGGGGUAUUUUUGAAUAGUUUUCGGCCUCUCGGGGCCCCGGCCGUGGCCUUGGAACUGUCAAAAAACGACUCGUCUGGGGUUACCGUGACCGAGACCUCGCGGAGUCUCGCCGACGCCGAUCUUGGCCAUGGGCCAUGCUGGCCGUUGCCGAUGCGUGAGGAUGGUCCACGAACUGAUGAUGACCGAGAUGGUCGAUGACCAAGAUCGACACAGACGUUUCUGCGCUCAGUCUUGGUCAUGGCCAGCGUCUUCUUUCCCUCUACAAUGGCCCUGAGCCUCCGGACCACGCCUCGCUCGCUGCAGGGCCUGGUCGCCCUCUUCAUGCACCAGCGGCUCAGCAAGGAGCAGCAGCUCACGGACUGGGAGCAGGUGCCCCUGACCCAGGCCCAGAUCGAGUACGCGGCAGCCGACGCGUGGGCGAGCAGGCACGCGCAGAAGCCGCCCGCGCACCGCCGCCGUGAGAUCUUUUUUUCGGCGGC